AUGAAGACGGAUUUCAAGUUCUCCAAUCUGCUGGGGACAGUCUACUGCCAGGGCAAUCUGCUGUUCAGUCCCGACGGCACCCAUCUCUUCUCUCCUGUCGGCAACAGGGUCACAGUCUUCAACCUUGUCGACAACAAGUCAUACACGCUCCCCUUCGCCCACCGAAAGAACAUCUCGAGGAUAGGCCUGACCCCCCAGGGAAAUAUUCUCCUCUCUGUCGACGAAGAUGGCCAUGCCAUUCUCACCAACAUCCCGCGUCGUGUCGUACUAUACCACUUUUCCUUCAAGUCAAAAGUAACCGCCCUCUCGUUUGCGCCAUCGGGUCGCCAUUUCGCAGUUGGAUUGGGGAGGAAAAUCGAGGUCUGGCACGUCCCAUCGACUCCAGAUACCAACGAGGAAGGCGAUCUCGAAUUUGCGCCGUUUGUGCGCCACCACACACACACACAACACUUUGACGAUGUCCGGCACAUCGAGUGGUCGCACGACUCCCGCUUCUUCCUCAGCGCAUCCAAGGAUCUGACUGCGAGGAUAUGGAGCUUGAACGCAGAAGAAGGGUUCACGCCCACGGUUUUGUCGGGACAUAAGCAGGGCGUGGUCGCUGCCUGGUUCUCCAAGGACCAAGAAACAAUUUACACAGUCAGCAAGGACGGAGCCGUCUUUGACUGGCAGUAUGUCGCAAAGCCAGGGCAAGACGAGGAUGAGGUCAUGGAUGAGGAGGAUAUGCAAUGGCGGAUCGUUGACAAGCACUACUUUAUGCAAAACGGCGCAACCCUUCGAUGCGCCGCUUUUCACCCCGAAUCAAAUCUUUUGGUCGCUGGUUUCUCGAACGGUAUCUUUGGAUUGUACGAGAUGCCCGAUUUCAACCAGAUUCACACCCUUAAUAUCUCGCAAAACGAAAUCGACUUCGUAACGAUCAACAAGAGUGGCGAGUGGCUCGCUUUCGGUGCGUCAAAGUUGGGUCAGCUUUUGGUGUGGGAGUGGCAGUCAGAAUCAUACAUCCUGAAGCAACAAGGGCACUUUGACGCCAUGAAUGCGCUGGUCUACUCCCCAGAUGGCCAAAGAAUUGUCACGACGGCCGACGACGGCAAGAUCAAGGUGUGGGAUAUCGAGUCUGGGUUCUGCAUAGUAACGUUUACCGAGCACACAAGCGGCAUUACAGCGUGCGAGUUCGCCAAGAAGGGCAAUGUUCUUUUCACAGCCAGUUUGGACGGGUCCAUCAGAGCGUGGGAUUUGAUCAGAUACAGAAACUUCAGGACGUUUACCGCCCCUGAAAGAUUAUCCUUCUCCUGCAUGGCAGUUGAUCCAAGCGGCGAAGUUGUUGCGGCUGGUUCUAUCGACUCUUUCGACAUUCACAUUUGGUCCGUCCAGACCGGCCAGCUCCUAGACAGACUUACCGGGCACGAGGGGCCGGUUUCUUCGCUUGCCUUUGCCCCCAACGGUGGUCUCUUGGUUAGUGGCAGUUGGGACAAGACGGCUAGGAUAUGGUCCAUCUUCAACCGAACACAAACCAGCGAGCCUCUGCAGCUCAUGUCGGAUGUCUUGGAUAUUGCCUUCAGACCAGACUCCCUACAGAUUGCCAUCUCCACACUAGACGGCCAGCUGACGUUUUGGUCUGUAUCAGAAGCCACCCAAGUCUCCGGUGUCGACGGACGCCGCGAUGUAUCAGGCGGCCGCAGAAUCACAGAUCGCCGGACGGCAGCCAACGUCUCGGGCACCAAGAGCUUCAACACCAUCCGCUACAGCAUGGACGGCUCCUGCGUCCUCACGGGCGGCAACAGCAAGUACAUCUGCCUCUACUCGGCCACAACAAUGGUGCUCCUCAAGAAAUUCACCGUCAGCGUCAACCUCGCGCUGUCGGGCACGCAAGAGUUCCUCAACAGCAAGCUCGUCACCGAAGCCGGUCCCGCCGCCCUCCUCGACGACCAAGGCGAGGCUUCCGAUCUGGAAGACCGCAUCGACAGGUCGCUGCCCGGCGCCAAGAGGGGCGAUCCCGGCGCGAGGAGGAAGAACCCAGAGGUCAGAGUCACGGGCGUGGCUUUCUCGCCGAGCGGGACAUCCUUCUGCGCCUGCUCGACAGAAGGCCUGUUGAUUUACAGUCUGGACAGCACCGUUCAGUUUGAUCCGUUUGAUCUCAACAUGGAGAUCACGCCCGCUUCGACGCUGGGUGUUUUGCAAAAUGAAAAGGAUUACCUCAAGGCGCUGGUCAUGGCGUUCCGUCUCAAUGAGGCGGGGUUGGUCCAAAGGGUGUUCCAGGCCAUCCCUUACAAAGAUAUUGGUUUGGUGGUGGAAAACUUCCCUACUGUUUACGUGGCGAGGCUGCUGCGGUAUGUGGCCGCCCAGACGGAGCAGUCCCCUCACGUGGAGUUCUGCAUGCUGUGGAUCAAGGCUCUCGUGGACAAGCACGGCGCGUGGUUGAUGGCCAACCGGGGCAAGGUCGAUGUCGAGUUGAGGAUUGUGUCGAGGGCGGUGGCCAAGAUGAGGGACGAGAUUAGACGGCUGGCGGAUGAUAACGUCUACACGGUUGAGUACCUGAUUGGGCAGGCCAACAGCAAGGCGGCGCAGGCUGGAAAGGGGCCCAAGACUAUCGAACGGAAUGCUAAUGGGGAUUUGGAGGUCAAGGCUCUGCCGUCGACGCAGAAGGAGGUCACGAUGGAUGAUAUGCUGGAGGAAGAAAGUGAAGGGGAGUGGAUCGGGAUAGAGUGA